AAUUCGCACGUUUCUUAUAACGUUUCGCAACUAGUAUAUACUUUCAUCGCUCUCUUUUAUCGUAGAAAGUCUAUAUAAUUCCUCUGCCAGGAAACUUGCAAGCUCCAACGCAAACGCACACAAGAAGAAUCAAUCAGACCAAAAAAAUCAAAGUUUCAUUCUUCUCUUUUUUACACAACCAUUACCAUGUCUCAGACUGUUGUGCUCAAGGUUGGUAUGUCAUGUCAAGGUUGUGUUGGUGCUGUGAAGAGAGUUUUGGGGAAAAUGGAAGGUGUGGAAUCAUAUGAAAUUGAUUUGAAGGAGCAAAAGGUUACAGUGAAAGGAAACGUGCAGCCAGAUGUGGUUCUUCAGACCGUUUCAAAGACUGGGAAGAAGACUUCCUUCUGGAAAGCCGAAGCACCUGCUGAACCCGAAUCAAAGCCCGCAGAAACUGUGGCUGUUGCUUGAUGUUUAAACUCAAAUGCUUUAAUAACUUGUUCUUAAAUGGAUCAUGGAUCGUCGAAACUUAAUAUUGUUGUGAAGUGUUUUAUCAUAAUUUAGCACUCUCAUACUACACUUAGUUUUAAGCUACAAUAAUUACUUGGAUACUUUCUUAGUGGCUGUGUGUAUUACCAUUAAUAGAAACUUUUUGGUUGUCUGCUUUCUUAAA